AUGUCGGGCUGGACGACCAUCUGGGUGCUCAUCGCCGCCGUCGGCGCCGGCAGCGGCGCAUGGAUCUCGGCGCCCAAGGGCCCCAACCAGGUCCUGCUGCGCACGUGCGCCGUCCUGACCCUCACGUGCUGCUACCUCAUGUGGGUCAUCGUCUACCUCGCGCAGCUGCACCCAAUCAUC